AUGGCUAUUAAAGAUAGAGUUAAGAGAGUUUCUAAAAUCUUCACCUCCAAUGAAUCAAAAGAAUCCUUGAAAAAAGAUGCUACUGAACCAACAGAAAAGGCUACUGAAGGUGAAGCUGCUGCUGCUGCUGCCACUGAAUUGAAGGAAGCUAACAUUCCAACUGAAGGUGAAGUUGCUGAAGUUCCAGCUACUACUACUGCUGCUGCUGCCGAAGAUGCUCCAGUUGAAACUGAAGUACAAGAACCAGUUGCUGCUACUGAAGAAGUUGCCAAAGUUGAAGAACCAGCUGCCACUGAAGAAGUUAAACCAACUGAAGAAGUUGCUGCCACUGAACCAACCGUUGAAGGUGAAGCUAAAGAAGUUGCAGCUACUACCGAAGGUGAAACUCCUGCUGAUGAAGCUGCUCCAGCUACUGAAGGCGAAGCUGCUGCCACUGCUGAAGAUGCUAAAGCUCAAGUUAAAGAUGCUUCUGCUAAAACAGAAAAGGCUGCUAAAAAGAAUGAUUUCUUCAAGAAGUUCAUUAAUAAAUUCAAGAAACCAGCUACUGCUGCUAAAAACUAA